AUGCACCGAGUCAGUGACCAACUCCGUGACCGUCACCCGUAUGUGGAUCAACCAUUCCAGGAGUCAUACAAUCCCAGGGAGGUAAGCCGUGCAUUCGGCGCUAGAGCGAUUCCGAAGUAUGCCGAGCUCUUAGCAAUGGAGGAUCUAGCCGACGAAGAUCGCUGUCGUGCGCUUCAGGACUUGCGAGAGCUUCUGAGCAGUCCGAAUUUCAAGUACACGGCCAUUAUGAAGGAGGUCAUGUUUACUUGUGCAGAUUUAACGCAGUCAAUCUCAGCCGAAGUUCGUGCCGAUGCAGCCUUCGUGAUGGCGUCACUGGUUCUAUUCGAGAUGGACACACCGAACGACUUAAGCGAUGAAGUUGUCUUAACCACAGCGACUCGUUUGAUCGGCGACGACGAAGAUGACGUGGUUGCUGCUGGCUGCCGCAUAUUCAUCAACUUGACUGUCUCCAACGAAGGCUGCCUCUUGCUUGCGAACAAGAUACCAGCCGUGACGACACUGGCAAACAUGCUGACAACCCAGCCGCUGUCCAAGGUACCAACUCGAAUAGUCGAGCACCUCGUGGAAGUGCUUGCAAACCUCACACGUGUCUACGAAGGCGCUCGUACCUGCGCACUAUUUUCUGUUAUUAAACCAGUGUUGUCGUUAAUUAAGAAGCCGCGAUUGUGUCGAGCUGAAACGCUGUUGCACUCCGCGAUGGUCAUCACGAACGUAGCAGCCUAUGACCAGGCCAAGCGAGAAGCGAUCCAGCUCGAUGCCGUGGAGUUGUGCCUCAAAACGCUGUCGAAGAUCCUUCUUGGCCAAGUGCGCUGUGAGCCAGCUGAAAAGCUGGACGAACUCACUCGAUGCUUCGUUGCGGCAGUGAUGGCGCUAUCAACCGCCGAGGACGCGAAGUCGCGUGUGAUAGAGUUCGGCAUUGAGCCGCUGGUUCAAUGUCUGACACACACUAGCGCCGCAGUGCGACAGAACGCAAGCAUCACGAUUAACUCGGCGUGCGACCUGCCGCGUGGCGUGGCCCCAUUUACUCAGAGACUGCUACACACACCAGAUCUGCUGGUGGAUGUCUUGGGGAUCAAGGCUGUGUCCGCUCUGGACGAGAACAUCAGCAGCUUUGAUGACGAAGACACGCCAGCAGCAGUGAAGGCUAUAACUGCGAUCCAGAAGAAAGACGAAUACGGGACAGCAGACCGCAUCGUACAGACCUUAAACAUGUUGGACAACCUUAUCAAAGCUCUAGUUGAAAGCGAGGUGCCCGUCGAGACACAACAAGGCAUCGCUGACGUGCUCCGGAGGAUGAGCCAGACCGACACUAGUUACCAGCGUCGCGUGGGGAAAUGCAUGGUCAAGAACAGCAUUCCUGGCGCACUGUUCUCGCAGAUUCUAGGCAUCACACUUGCAGAAUUCAACGAGCAGCUAGCGUAG